UGCACAAAAGAGAUCCAUCAAGCUGGCUGACGUACCAACACCUCAACUUCCUGAAACGCCAGUUAUUAAGGAGCAGUGGGCUGCGGUGAAGCCCGAAAGCAACUGGGGGUUCAGUGCCUUGCUCAAGGACACUUCGACUUGCAGCUAAUAGGGAGAGCGGGGAUCGAACCCACGACCUUGCGGUUGAAGGACGGCCCUCUUAACCCACUGAGCUACAGCCGCCGCAUAUUAUGUUGCCUGUUAACAUACCGUGAACAUAAAGUUGUAUUUUCAUGUCAGUAAAUGAUCCAGUCACUCAUUCUCUGCACCCGUUUCCCUCUCAGUAUGUAGCCAAGAACAGCAGCGAGCUUCACCAGCGUGCCGCCCCGAAACCGUCCCCGGCCCUGACCGCCGUGGACGAGAGAGACGACGGCGUCGAAAGACGAGCGCAGAGAAUACCAACGAUUGAUCCUGUGGUCACGGAUACUGUCCCGCAGGCAGAGGACGUCCCCGGUAAAGCACAGCCCGGGGGAUCCACCUCGGAGCCCAAUGCAGACGAUGCGGCGGCCCAGAAAGAUUCUGCGUCGCCAGAUGAGACCCCACAUGUCCACGAGGAGACGGAUGAGGCCCGGGAUGCCCGUCUCGACCGACAGUGGAAGCUGCUGAAGGUCGAUGUGGCUGAACUGCCGGAUAUCUAUGCCAAGCUUGCAAAAAUCAAUCUGACAGCACUGGUGGUUACGAGUGCAGCAGCCGGCUAUGCAAUGGCUCCGGUGCCCUUUGACCCCCUCACCUUCUUCGUGGCCUCCCUGGGAACAUGCCUCGCCUCUUGCGCUGCCAAUUCCAUCAACCAGUACUUCGAGGUGCCCUUCGACUCCAACAUGAACCGCACAAAGAACCGCCCACUGGUCAGAGGACAAAUCAGUCCCCUCCAUGCCGUGUCCUUUGCUCUGGCCUGUGGAAUUCCCGGAAUCGCUCUGCUCACGGCGGCGGUGAACCCCUUGACGGGCUUCCUGGGCGCCCUCAACAUCUUCCUGUACACCUGUUGCUACACUCCGCUCAAGAGGCACAGCAUCACCAACACCUGGGUGGGGGCCGUGGUGGGCGCCAUACCUCCCGUCAUGGGCUGGACGGCUGCCACCGGUUGUCUGGAGCCAGGUGCUCUGCUGAUGGGUGGCUUCCUGUACAGCUGGCAGUUCCCUCACUUCAACGCCCUCAGCUGGAACUUGAGGGAGGAUUACUCGCGCGGCGGCUACCGCAUGAUGUCCGUCACCCACCCGGGCAUGUGCAAGCGGGUGGCCCUGCGCCACAGCCUGGGCCUGAUCGGCCUGUCCACGCUGGCGCCCGUGCUGGACGUCACCACCUGGACCUUCCCCGUCGUCUCCCUGCCCAUCAACCUGUACAUCAGCUACCUGGCCUUCCGCUUCCACCGGCAGGGCGACCGCGGCAGCGCCCGCAAGCUGUUCUUCUGCAGCCUGUGGCACCUGCCCAUGCUGCUGCUGCUGGCGCUCACCUGCAAGAAGCCCCGGGGGGAGCAGGAGGCUCCGCCCACUGCGGCCGCGGCCCUCGCGCUGCAAAGCUGACGAGUUUCAAAGAUGCUUGAACACUUUUCUUUUUCUCUCUCUUUUUUUUCUCGAGGACCUCUUGAGAGUUUACUUUUCACGGAGAUGCUCCCUCAGCGUCUCUCCUCGCCGCUCGGAGGGCUUCGGGAUGACGGACACUUUAUUUUAUCGGUUUGAUUGAAGCCAGCGGCGCUCACCGCCGAUCAGGAAAUGAGCUGGAAAUGAUUUGGAUCAAAAUAACUGAUUCACAGAAAGCACACUGAAUCAUUACAUCGGGUCGUAAUCAUUUCGACGUGUGCGCUGUAUAUAUAUAUAUUCUGUAUUUUAUUUAUAUCGGGCCCCCGCCAGGUCCCCCUCCAUGUUGUACAUGACUGAUAUAUCUUGUACAGUGUAAAUCGCUCCUAUGGAUCCACACGGGGAUCCUCGUCAUUGCAUUGUACCAAAUGCAAAAGAGAAGAAGAGGAUGUGUAACGGCCGUGAAGACAUCGUGUGAUCACAAGACGAAUGUGAGAUUUUCAGUCUGUGUAUAAAAAAAACGGACGACUGUAAACCGUUUGAAGCGGCAGCUCGUUUGACGUUAACCUGGGACUCGUUGCUCGACGGGUAGUUUAGCUUCGUGGUGUUUCCGCCGCUCCGCAAAUGUUCUUCUUUCCUUCUGGUGGCGGUUAACUUCAGCACGGACCCGCCGGCACCAAAGCAAAGGGAGCCGCUAACCCCCUGUUUUCAUAACACGGGGCCGCGUGUUCUCUCACAAUAAAGUCAACGCUCCGUGA